AUGGCUCCAGAUCAACUGCCUCUAGCAACGCACUCUCCUCUCCCCCCUUCCUCGCCCCUGCCCUACACCCACCCUCGCUCCCCUCACUCCCCCCACUUCUUGCCUCCCCACCUCGCCUGGCACUUGCCUACAUGCCCCUGUUCUUGCUCCUGCUUCCGCCGCGAAGCACCACCUGUUGCCUCACAGCCCACCCACAAGCAGCAGCCGUUUCAGAGCCGGCCUCAAGAGCCGCACAUGCCUCCUUCCACUGAUGCAGGUAACACCUGCUCCCUGCCCAUGCCGCUCUACCCGCAUGCCUGCCCGUUCUCCUCCCCGCAUGCACGGCAGCCGCGCGCCCGGACUCGAAAGCGUGCACACGCACAGCUAGCCCUGGAGGAUCAUGCACGUGCAGAUGCAGCAAGCAUGGGAAGAACAGCGAGAGUAGUGCUUGCAUCAUCGCCAGUCACGGCUGCAUGGCACCCAGGUGGAUCGGCUAUGGGAGCAACAGAGGUAACAGAGGAAGCAGCAGGAUCCAGUGCAAUGGGGCCAGCAGCUAGUGUAGCAUGCGCUUCUCACAGCGUGCAGAGGGGCCUGGGAGGGCAUUAUGCGCGGUGGACGUGGGAGGAGGGGGCGAAUGAGAGGGAGCACGAGCGGCGGAAUUACUUUCGGGAGAUGGAGAGGCGUGCGAGGGAGUGGGAGGAGGUGGCUAGGAGAGGGAGGGAGGGAGGGGGUGAGGGGGGAAGGCAAGAGGGUGGGGACGGGAUGGAGUGGGUGAUGGGUGUGGAGGGACGGCGUGAGGGUGGGCUGGAGGGAAGAGAGGAGAUGGGUGAAGGGGAGGAAGUUGAGAGACAGGAGGGUACAUGCACAGGAGAACCAGCAGCAGCAGCAGCAGCAGCAACAGCAGCAACAGCUGUCGCAGCAACAGCAGAGGAGGAGGAGGAGGUGGGGGUUGCGGUCGGGGAGCGGGAGACGGAAACGGCAGCAGAGCAAGGCGAAGAGGGAAGUGCAGGAGAAGUAGGGCGACUAAGGGAGGGCUGGUUACAAGUGGAGACAGGUGCAGGAGAUGUGAGCAGAGAGAGUGUGCCUGGUGUUGGUGGUGUGCCUGGUGUUGGUGGUGUGCCUGGUGUUGGUGGUGUGCGUGGUGGUGUGGCUGGUGGUGUGCCUGGUGUUGGUGGUGUGCGUGGUGGUGUGGCUGGUGGUGUGCGUGGUGGUGUGGCUGGUGGUGUGCCUGGUGUUGGUGGUGUGCCUGGUGGUGUGCCUGGUGGUGUGCGUGGUGGUGUGCCUGGUGGUGUGCCUGGUGGUGUGCCUGGUGGUGUGCCUGGUGGUGUGCGUGGUGGUGUGCCUGGUGGUGUGCCUGGUGGUGUGCCUGGUGGUGUGCCUGGUGGUGUGCCUGGUGGUGUGCCUGGUGGUGUGCCUGGUGGUGUGCCUGGUGGUGUGCCUGGUGGUGUGCCUGGUGGUGUGCCUGGUGGUGUGCCUGGUGGUGUGCCUGGUGGUGUGCCUGGUGGUGUGCGUGGUGGUGUGCCUGGUGGUGUGCCUGGUGGUGUGCCUGGUGGUGUGCCUGGUGGUGUGCCUGGUGGUGUGCCUGGUGGUGUGCCUGGUGGUGUGCCUGGUGGUGUGCCUGGUGGUGUGCCUGGUGGUGUGCGUGGUGGUGUGCCUGGUGGUGUGCCUGGUGGUGUGCGUGGUGGUGUGCCUGGUGGUGUGCCUGGUGGUGUGCGUGGCUGGUGUGCCUGGUGUGUGCCUGGUGGUGUGCCUGGUGGUGUGCCUGGUGGUGUGCGUGGUGGUGUGCCUGGUGGUGUGCGUGGUGGUGUGCGUGGUGGUGUGCGUGGUGGUGUGCCUGGUGGUGUGCGUGGUGAGGGGAGAGAAAUCGAGCCAGUGGGUGGCGGGCAGGAGGGGGGUCGUGCGUCCCCUCCUGACGCCAUAUCCCUCUUGGACGUGCAUAGGGAAAAGAGGGGGGGGGAGGAGGAGGAGGAUGCAGGUAAGCGGGCAGAAGAGGGGGCGGUGGGUGGGCGUGGGGUAGCAGUGAGUGGGGAUGAAGGCACGCAAAUCGGUGGUGGGGAAUGGGCAAGGGGGGAGGAGCAAGGCGGCGGUGGUGGUUCGAGUGGAGAGAAGGGCUUAGGAGGGAGGUUGGUGAGAGGCAGGAGAGAGGAAACAUGGGUGCAAGUGGAGGAGGUUUUGCAUUUGAAGGGAGUGGAGGAGACGGUAGAACGAUGGGAGAUGCAAGGGCAAGGCACAGGAGACGUGGCAGGGCACGGCAGGAGUCAUGUGGAAGGGUGGCUUGGCAAGGCAGCAGCACUGGGACAAGGCAUGGUUGCAGCACGGGUCGGGUGGGGUGAGACGGCUAUGGAGAAUACACAGGAGAGAAGCGGGGAAGCUGGAGAUGGUGCGAGAGAGAGGGGGAAGAGGGCGAGAGACGAGGGACAGAGGGGUGAAGGGGCUGGAAAAGCGCAGACACUGAGAGGUGGGGCGGGUGGUGGAGAGAUGGGCAUGGGUACGCAUGGAAGCAUGCUGGCAGAGGGGAGAGUGGAGAUGGGUGGCGAGGGGGAAAGAGAGCGCGCCAGACGAAGGGUGCACGGAGCAAAAAGGGCGGCAGCAGCACACGACCCCAGAAGGGGGGAAGAGGCAGAGCAAGAGGCGCAGGCAGUGGGUGCAGCGGGUGCAGCGGGUGCAGUGGGUGCAGCGGGUGCAGCGGGUGCAGCGGGUGCAGCGGGUGCAGCGGGUGCAGUGGGUGCAGCGGGUGCAGUGGGUGCUGCUCCCCCGCGCUUCACCAGCAAAGAGGGCGCUGCACUGGCUGAGCAGGGCCAGAGCACAGAGGCCCCACCCGUGCCCCGCCCACCAAAGAGACCUCUCUCCGUGGCAUCUCCCCAGGAUCCCAAUGCUGCUGCCCAUACCUGUCCAGAGCAAACCGUUGCCCCGUCCCCGUCGUACCCGCCGUGCCUUGUACCAGCACACACCCUCCACGACCUCAUGGUCAUCCGCGCGCUGCACUCCUCUCUGCUGCGCCUGCCGCGCCACUCCCUGGGCACGGCCCUGGGCAUGCGGACCAGAGAAGGGCAGCUCUCGUCCCUCCCUGCGAUUAUCGUGUUUGUGUCCUGUAAGGUGCACCAGUUGUGGGUGCCGGACGGCCAGAUGCUGCCACGUCAGCUUGUGGGGCCCACAGGGGUGGUGUGUGACGUGGACGUGGUAGAGUUUUGCUAUACAGAUGCCCCUGCUGCUGCCACGUAUGCUGCUCAGGCGUCCCCUCCCACUUCUGCUACCCCUUCUCCUCCUCCUUCCACUGCUGACCCACAUGGGGAGAUAGACAUUUCUGUCAUGGCUGCUGCUCCUGAUGCUCGUAUUGGUACUGGUGCUGGUUUUGCUGAUCCAGAGCCCAGCAGAGAGCGCGUGUGGAGCGCAAGGGAGGGCGCGGGAGGGGCAGGCGCGGGGCACAGGAGGGCCGGGCGCAGCAGAAGAGCAGCACCAGCAGUAGCAGUGGUGGAAGAAAUGAAAGGGGCCGCAGGGGACGUGGGGCCAGGGUCGCAGGUAGCAAGCGAGGGCACGUACGGUACACUGACAGCGGUAGUGGUGAGCACAAGAGGAGAGCGUGCAGUGGGAGUGCUGACAAACAGACACGUGGCAGUGGAUUUCAACCAGCCGCGCCAGGCUCUGCACCACCCGCUGCCGCCUAGUAGGGGCCCAGGCGUGCUGCUGGGGCUUGUGGAGCGGGCGGCUUCGUUCACUUCGGAUAGCGCGUGGUACGGCAUGUUUGCCACGCCCAACACUGAGGCGUACGUGCGGGUGGAUGCAGCGUUCGUGCCGCUGCACCGGUCGCUGGAAACGAGUAUUAUCACACCAGAGCUGCGAGGGCUGGGCGCCAUGGGGCAACCCUGCGCCGUCUCACUGCAUGAUGCCAUCGGGUCCCUCAUCAACCGCCCUGUCUGCAAGGUCAUACUCCCCCCCCCACCCAAUCCUCCCCUCUCUCUUUCCCUUUUUUUGUUACUCUAUCCUUGUCCCUCCUCCUUCCAGCCCUCCCCUUUUCACCCCCUCCUCCCUCUCUUUCUCCUCCCUUUGUUCCUCAAACACAGUCUUCCAACUGACACUCUUUCUCCUAUUCUUUAA